UCUUUUUUAUUUUUACGUUGCUUCCGCUGCGAGGCUGUUUCAUAAAUUCUCUUUCCGGCUGCACCAUGAAGAUCGAACUGUGUUCGUACAGUGGUAUCAAGAUAUACCCAGGACAUGGGAAACGACUUAUUAAAGUCGAUGGCAGGGUCUUCAACUUCUUGAGUAAGAAGUGUGAGCGGUCACAUGCCAUGAAACGCAACCCUCGUGAAAUCAACUGGACAGUGCUUUACCGACGUAAGCACAAGAAGGGCCAGACAGAGGAAGUAGUGAAGAAGCGAACACGCCGUACACAAAAAUUUCAGCGUGCAAUUACUGGAGUUUCUCUGACUGAAAUUAUUGCUAAGCGUAACCAAAAGCCAGAGGUGCGAAAAGCUCAGCGAGAACAGGCCAUCCGAGCUUACAAAGAGAAGCAGAAGCAAAAAGAUGCAGCAAAGAAGGCAGCAAAACCUGCACCAACGAAGGCUGCCAAGACCCAGAAGGCUGCCAAAAAUGUGGCAGCAAAGGCACCUCGUGUUGGUGGCAAACGAUAAAGGAUUUUUGUUUUGCUAAGUAAAGCUGUCUUGAGGAUUUAA